AUGGAUUUGCUGACUCGUGGUAACAGCGAGACAAAGUCAUAUUUGCAUGAAAGGAUGUGUGGCACACCGACAUCCUCAUCCAACUGCUACUCGAACAAAACAAUUUCACCCCAACAGACUUGGCAUCUGCUUACUACAGUUGAAGUAGGAGAUUCGGGACAGCAUUCAUCGUCUACUCCAAUGGAUUAUCAGGAACAAAUAGGUGAAACAACUGCCAAUGCUCAGACGAAAGUUGAACCUGGAACGAUGGGCUCAGUUUAUUAUUUUGGUGCCAACAACCAGCUACUGAACUGCACUGCCAAUACUGCAUCUGGGUGUUCUAAUCAGACACUGCAAGAAUUGAGCACACUCAUGCAAGAUUUACAGCAGCAAGAAAGAGAUGCUGUACAAGGCCGUUCAGCGUGUACGUCAACAGUCACAUACGCCACACAACAAAUACCAUCGAUAAGUGGAAAUCCAAGUUAUUCAGUGCAACCUCAUAAUGCUUCUGCAUCCGGUAAUAGUCAAAAUUGCCUUGCUCAGAUACUGUAUAUGAGAAGUCAGAGACCGCGGAUACAACCUCAUAUUCGACCCAAGCCAUCGGAUAUUGCAAUCAAUGUGAAAGAUUAUCCACCCACAGCACCAGUACCGGAAGCAUGGUGUCAUGCUUAUUAUUAUGAACUUAAUCAACGAAUCGGUGAACCCUUCAAAGGCGGUACUUCUCAUGUCAUUGUUGACGGUUUUUGCGCACCAUCCGAAGCAGAGAGAUUCUGUUUGGGAGCUUUGGCUAACGUUAAUAGAAAUCCUGGAGUCGUGAAUGCUAGACGUCAGAUUGGACGUGGUGUUAGGAUUUUUCGUCAAGAUGAAGACGUUUACGCAGAAUGUCUGAGUGAAGCACCAGUGUUCAUUCAGAGUCCCAUACACGCCGUGAAAUCUCAUGAUCAUCCAGCUACCGUUUAUAGACUACCAUCAGGACACAUUAUGCAAGUUUUUGAUAACGAAUCAUUUGAAACUUUGUUAGCUCAGUCAACGGGCCAAGGUUUCCAUGCCGUAUAUUCCCUACAGAGAAUGUGCCAUAUGCGAAUAAGUUUUGUGAAAGGAUGGGGUGAGCAAUACAAGCGACAGACGAUAACGUCAACGCCCUGCUGGGUGGAAAUUCAUUUAGCCAUACCUUUGCAAAAGCUCGAUCGUGUUCUGAGUCAGAUUCCAGGCCCUAAUGAUCCCAUUCACAGUUUUACGUGA